AUGGCUUCAAAGAUUGAUACAGCUCUUUCUGAUACCCUUCCUGACAAGGAAAUCGAGGAGCAGCAGCGCACCGCUCAAGAUGACAUUUACAUCGAUCCAGCUGCCGAAAAGGCUCUCCUUCGCAAACUCGACCGAUGGAUUGUUCCUCCCGUCAUGCUUCUUUACCUCCUCAGCUUCUUAGAUCGUGUCAAUAUUGGCAACGCUCGACUUUACGGCAUGGAAGAAGACCUCGGUCUCACUGGUGACCAGUACCAGAUUGCAGUUUCGGUGCUUUUCGUCACCUACAUUCUUUCAGAGCUUCCUUCGAACUUGGUCAUUAAAAAAUUCACUCCGUCGCGAUGGAUCGCGUUCAUCACGACUGCUUGGGGAAUUGUCGCUACUUUGACAGGCAUUGUGCAAGACUACAAGAGCUUGGUGGCCUGUCGCGUCAUCCUCGGUGCCCUCGAAGGUGGUCUAUUCCCCGGUCUGACGAUUUACCUCACAAUGUUCUACACCAAGCGCGAGUACGCCCUCCGAAUCGGCUACCUCUUCUCUUCGGACCAGAUGCACAAGGAGGAUGUGUAUGCCGGUCUUAAGGACUGGAAGAUCUGGCUGUUCUGCAUUGGUCAGUUUGGCGGAGACGUUAUUCUUUAUGGCUACUCGACUUUCCUGCCUACUAUUAUCCGAGGUCUUGGUGAUUGGAGUAUCGCGCAGGUCCAGGCUCUUACAAUCCCUUGCUAUGCACUGGGUGCUAUCAGCUACAUUGCUGUCGCCUGGCUGUCUGACCGCAGUCAACGCCGUGCAGUCUUUACUGUGAUUUUCGGUCUUGUUUGCACAACUGGAUAUGCUAUUCUCGUGAGCACUGCGCCAGGAGGUGUCAAGUAUUUUGGCUGCUUCCUCGCUGCCAUGGGCUUCAACAACCCUCGAUAUGGAAAGCGUACGGUCGCAACCGGUCUACAACUCACCAUCGGAAACUCUGCCGGUAUCCCAGCCCCAUUUUUGUACAAAACCCAUGAAGGUCCUCGUUUCGUCAAGGGACACGCAGUCUCCAUGGCCUUGAUUGCCAUGUCUUCGGUCAUCUACCUCUCAUUCUGGGCCUUCUUCCGUCACCAGAACAAGCGAAAGAUGGCUGGUAAGGAGGAUCACAGGGUCCAGGGUCUGACUGAGGAGGAGGCCGAGGAGUUGGGAGAGCACAACCCCCGAUUCCACUACACAUACUAA